AUGGCAUCAAUUUCUAUAGCAUUGCUUUUCACUGCAAGUCUAGUUCUCGUGACAGGUAUUGAUGCUGGUGGAAUUGCCAUCUAUUGGGGCCAGAAUGGGAAUGAAGGUACCUUGGCAGAGACUUGUGCCACAGUUAACUAUGACUUUGUGAACAUAGCUUUUCUUCCAACGUUUGGGAAUGGUCAGAUUCCCACACUCAAUCUUGCUGGUCACUGCGAUCCAUCCGUUAAGGGCUGCACUAAACUCAGCUCUGACAUAAAAUCUUGUCAAGCUAAAGGAAUUAAAGUAAUGCUUUCAAUUGGAGGAGGUGCAGGGAGCUACUACCUUACCUCCUCUGAGGAUGCUAGACAAGUUGCAAUUUAUCUCUGGAACAACUUCUUGGGAGGAAAAUCAUCGGAUCGCCCUCUCGGUGACGCUUUUUUGGAUGGGAUCGAUUUCGAUAUUGAAGGAGGAACAAACCAUUACUGGGACGAUCUUGCAAGGUACCUUUCUGGGUACAAGAAAAACGGUAAAAAAGUAUACUUAACCGCAGCUCCACAGUGUCCUUAUCCUGACGCUUGGGUUGGAGGUGCCCUUCAAACGGGAUUGUUUGAUCAUGUUUGGGUCCAAUUUUAUAACAACCCUCCAUGCCAAUACACAUCUGGUAAUAUUAGAAACUUAGAAGAUGCAUGGAAACAAUGGACUUCUGAUAUUCCAGCAACCAAUUUCUUAGGACUUCCUGCUGCUCCAGCUGCAGUUGGAAGUGGAUUCAUUCCGGCAACUUAUUUAACUUCCACAGUACUCCCAGCCAUCAAAAGUUCUGAAAAGUAUGGAGGUGUAAUGCUUUGGUCUAAGUACUAUGAUGAUCAAAGUGGGUACAGUUCUUCCAUUAAAAGCGAUGUGUGA